GUCGUGCGAAAACAACCAUCAUCCAUGUUACAGCUAAACUAUUAACCAAAUCACCUCGUUGGGAAAACUCCUCCAACUAACCACUUGCAUGUAAUAAUAAAUGACACAUGUGCCUGAUAUUGUUAUGCUGGGCACUGAUAAACAAUGCUUAGCUGUUAACGGUGAGAAAUAGAAACCCUUUCCCACGUCAUGACGUAAAAUCAUGAAUGACGCAAAAAUGUUACUUUUGCCAUUCAGUAAAAAAGGUUACGAGAUGCACUGCAAACAUCAUCAAAUCAGUUGCCCGAGCUCGCCAAUGUCAAAUGUUUUUUCGCAACAGCCCCUAGCAGUCGGUUUAGGUGUUGCGCGCUUAUUUGCUGUCUGCGCUCCUAUGGCAACGCAAUAGAUUAUCCAUCCCCGUGCACGUUACCACAACUGGACAUCUUUUGCACAGUGGAUCAAUGACGGGAAACGACCGCGUAAUAGCGUUUUGAGCUUGGUAACGUGUGUUUGAAGAGGAACUUCGAGAGGACGUUACACUGUUUUGUCAUUGAAGCGCACGUCUGAUUGUUUCUCAUUCAGACACGUCCGCGCGUCUUCCCGCAUCCAGUGUGCGCGCUUUGAUUCUGCGCUCUCGGCAUCGGUGUCUGGUAUUACAAGAGCGUACGGAUGCAGCGGGAUAUUGUGCAUUCAUAUUUUUGACGACUAUACGCAUACCAUGCAUCCAAAAUUAAGUAGCCAAAUGUGCGUUUUCCGCAUUCGUCUUAGUUCUCGCAAAUGCUACGGACUGUGAUUUGUAAGGUGGUCGUUUUUAACUCACAAUGGAUAAGGUGCAUUUUUCCAUGCGCAAACGGCUCUACAGCUUGCCACAUCAGUUUGGGAACAGGGGUGCCGUGACACGAGACGGCGAAGACGGCGACAAGGACACCCGCCGGAAGAGUGUCAAAAUGAAGCAUCUUCCGUCACCUUCCUCCAUAGGGAGCACUAAAGGUGUCGGCGAGGCCAAGAGCGGAGACGCGGAGACCGAUGUGGGGAGACCUUUCCGAACCAACGUGAACGGCGACUGCCGGAGGUUUAGGGGCAGUCUGUCAUCCAUCACCAGCCGGCAUGCCCCAGACGCGGAUCUGGCGGAGCAAAGGCGCCUCAUCACCGAGGGGGAUGCCAGCCCUGAGGGUGACAGUCCUUUGGAGCAACCCGAAUCUGAAGAGAGCCAGGGCGCGCAGGGUGGUCGUGGCGAGGGGUCACAACAGGCGUCCUCUGAAGAACAGAGUUUUAUAAAGUUGGAGGGUAUCGAUCAGAUCAUGCCGGACGAUGAAAGGCUAUACCAGGCUGGGUUUAUGCACAGGCAGUUUGGAGCGAUACUUCAACCGGGGGUCAACAAGUUCUCGCUUCGAAUGUUCGGGAGCGAAAAGGCUGUGGAGCGCGAACAGGAACGGGUCAAAUCCGCAGGCUUUUGGAUUAUUCAUCCGUACAGUGACUUCAGGUUCUACUGGGACCUGAUCAUGCUCCUCCUGAUGGUCGGUAACUUGAUCAUCAUCCCGGUAGGCAUCACUUUCUUUAAAGACGAGCACACCCCCGCCUGGAUAGUCUUUAACGUGGUCUCGGACACAUUUUUCCUGGUGGACCUGGUAUUGAACUUCCGCACCGGGAUCGUUAAGGAAGACAGCACGGAAAUCAUCCUGGACCCUCAGCAGAUCAAGGUGAAGUACUUGCGUAGCUGGUUUGCCGUGGAUUUCAUCUCUUCCAUCCCUGUGGAUUACAUCUUCCUUAUUGUGGAGACGCGCAUCGACUCGGACUUCUACAAGACGGCGCGAGCGCUGAGGAUUGUGCGUUUUACCAAAAUACUCAGUUUGCUGAGGCUGCUAAGAUUGUCCAGACUGAUUCGAUAUAUCCACCAAUGGGAGGAGAUAUUUCACAUGACCUAUGAUCUUGCCAGUGCCAUGGUGCGUAUUGUGAAUCUGAUUGGAAUGAUGCUGCUGUUGUGCCAUUGGGACGGGUGCUUACAGUUCCUCGUGCCCAUGCUGCAGGACUUUCCAACGGACUGCUGGGUGUCCAAAAACAAAAUGGUGAAUGACACGUGGGGUCAGCAGUACUCUUAUGCCCUCUUUAAGGCCAUGAGCCACAUGCUGUGCAUCGGCUAUGGCAUGUACCCUCCUGUGGGCAUGACGGAUGUUUGGCUGACCAUCCUCAGCAUGAUUGUGGGCGCAACCUGUUAUGCCAUGUUUGUGGGCCACGCCACUGCCCUCAUUCAAUCAUUGGACUCCUCCAGACGGCAGUACCAGGAGAAGUACAAACAGGUGGAGCAGUACAUGUCCUUCCACAAACUUCCAGCCGACAUGCGACAGAGGAUCCAUGACUAUUAUGAGCAUCGCUAUCAAGGCAAGAUGUUUGAUGAGGAGAGCAUUCUGGGCGAAUUGAAUGAACCGCUCCGAGAGGAAAUCAUCAGUUUCAACUGUCGAAAGCUUGUGGCCACAAUGCCCUUGUUUGCCAAUGCGGAUCCAAACUUUGUGACCUCCAUGCUCACCAAGUUGCGUUUCGAAGUGUUCCAGCCAGGAGAUUACAUUAUCAGAGAAGGGACGGUGGGAAAGAAGAUGUAUUUCAUCCAACACGGCGUACUAACCGUCCUGACAAAGGGCAGCAAUGAGACAAAGAUCUCGGACGGUUCCUACUUUGGAGAGAUCUGCUUGCUGACUCGAGGUAGAAGAACAGCCAGUGUCAGAGCGGAUACAUACUGUCGUCUUUACUCACUCUCUGUGGACCAUUUCAACGAGGUGUUGGAGGAGUACCCUAUGAUGCGACGUGCCUUUGAGACUGUGGCUCUCGAUCGCCUUGACCGCAUAGGAAAGAGGAACUCUGUGCUCCAGCACAAGGUCCAGCGAGAUCUGAAUUCCGGAGUGCUGAACUACCAAGAGAACGAGAUCAUCCAGCAGAUCGUGCAGCAUGAUAGGGACAUGGCUCAUUGUGCCCACCUGAUGCAAACACCUCCCCCAGUUCCUCAUCCUGCACCCACGCCAUCCCACACUCCCGUCAUCUGGGCGCCUCUUAUCCAAGCUCCUCUACAAGCUGCUGCAGCUACUACUUCGGUCGCCAUUGCCCUGACUCGCCACCCUCAUUUGCCUCAUACCCUGUUCCGGCCCCCUGUCCCACUGCUUGGUUCUUUGAAGGACCAGCCAGGGUUUGUAAAACGGUUUUCAACGGCUCUGUCGGGUGCUGCUGCAUUUGGUGGCUCCUCAUCAGCUAGCUCACAGUUGAGCUCUUGUUUAGAGACCCCGAUUUUGGACACACUCAGGACCGAGAGAUCAUCUACCUCCACCCCUCAACCACCGUCCUCUAGCUCUCUGCCAUCGACUAUCACAACAACUAUUACCACCACCACCUCCAGCAUCACAGAGUCUUCCAUUAACCCCUAUAGAUCCUUUGCCUCCCAGGGGUCCAAAGAGUUUAGUGUUGCCCAGCUUCAUUCUCAGCCACCUCAGUUUCCUCAGGCCUCCUUUCCCAGCAUUGCUGCAUCCCUUCCUCGGUUCUUCCAAAAAGGAGCAGUUGGAAGAGAGGCUGUCCAGCUUCAAAUUCCACCAGUCUCUACCCUUACCCCUUUGAUAGCACACUCAGUGAGUCCCAUACUGACCCAGCUGCAUUCGGCUCAGCCUAAUCCUCAACCAACAAAACCCAGUCAGGACAUACUGACCCAGCUGCAUUCGGCUCAACAUAAUCCUCAACCAACAAAACCCAGUCAGGACUUAAAUAAACUUACCAGGACAGCUUCCCAGUCUCCUGUAAUGGAGUCCCCUGUCUGCUCCAAGAGCAUCUUAGAACAAGUCCCAAUUGUCCAAUACCAGGACCCUCAUGUUGGUCUACAGCCAGAUGUUUUCUCCCAGUUUUCCCAAGAACCAUCUGCUCUUGCUUCCUUAGCACAGUAUGGAUCAGGAAAUGCAUCACCAUGUAGCACUCCUUCUGCUUGGAGCCCCACAUGCCAGAGUCCUACAGUGGAGAAGAUGAGGAUGUCAGUGCAUAGUCAUCCUGCUAGCAUCUCCGGAUCUCAAAGCUCGCUCCUAACCCCUCAGACACUAUUUCCACCACCAUCCCAACCUAGAGAAAGGGGUGGAUCACUGGUUGAUCUACCUUCCCAGGAUUUUAGCAUCAUUUCUAUGUCCCUCCCAACCCCAAGACCACCUGAAAAAUCUAAGCUGGUUGGACAAGAAUCACAACCGCCAGACUUAUCCCAGCCUAGAGGAUUAGCUUCAGGUUUUUCACCUCUACCCUCGCCCCCCACCCUUAUCAAACCAUUUAGCUCAAUACCUGGUCAUGUUGUCCUAUCAAGACAAACUUCAAAGUUGUCCAUUGCUCAGACUGGGUCCUCGGGUGGAUCACCAUCCCAUUUGUCUAGUGAUAGGUCCACCCCUGGGACACCAACUUUGCACCCAAAGCUCCCAUCGAACUUGUGAGAAUGGGCUACACCCUCCUAUAAUGAGUGACCUAGGUUGUUUUUAAUAGCCGGAAUUAACCAUCAAAAACGUAUGUUUUACACUGAAGGAGGAGGGUGUAUGUUGGUCUACUUGGACUACUUGGUCUACAAUGACUAUUCCCUAUUUGUUAAGCCAAAAGAAAGAACGGACUAACAAGACUGAGCAAAGAAUAAAAAUGUGACUUAAAAUUGUCUUCCAAGUUCUGUCAUUCAUUUUUGCAAUAUUAUUGUCUAAUGAAAAGACUGUAUAGGGAUAUGCAACUUACAACUUCCCAAAAAACAAAAACUAACAAAAACAAAACAGUUUCUUCAGAGUAAUAAUUCUAAGAAGCGUGUGUUUGUUUGUGAAUUUGUGAGCAUUUGAGUGAUUGCUUGUUAUCGUCAUAUUAUUAUAGUAUGCUCUUUUUAAAGGAGGGAAAUGUGAUGGGUCAAAGCUACAUUCAUCAGUCUAGCAUCAUCUGUCAUUGUAAAAGAACACAUCGUACUGGUCUUUUCAAGCAGGUGGCACAGAUACACACACAAACAUACACAGAUUUAUACACAUGCACAAACAAACCCCGCCCCUCAGCAUCCCAGUUACCUAAAUCUAGUAUUUUCUUUUCACUAGACCUUGACCCCAUACAUACCUCCUUAUUGAUGAAGAGGUACUGCUUAGUCUAUCUAUGGCCUUUCCUGUUAUACUGCCUUAGCAUCUGAACACCAGGGAAUAACAUCCUCACUUCCACAACAGAACAGAGAACAUUAAGAAUGUUUUCCAAUCAUUUUGUAUGCGCUUUAUAUGUAAAUUUGUGCAGUACUUAAGCAAUAAAAUGGUAUGCUUGGUUUUGUACGUGCACAAAAGGUUGAUCUGAAAAAUGGCAGAUAUCUUCCUGUCAAACAAAGGUUAAUGGAUGAUUGUGAGAAUGGCAAUGACACUACAAUGACGCAGUUAUUUAAAAAGCCCACUGCAUUUACCAAAGCUUACUAGUUAAGAACUGUAAUAACAAAGUUACAUUUAAUUCUGCUUUGUAUGUUUUAAAAGGUGCAAUGUGUACAUUUUAGGAGGUUCUAUUGACUGAAAUGCAAUAUAAUAUACACAACUAUUUGUUUACCUUACCUAAUCAACCAUUAUGUUUUUAUUAAAUUUGUCUUCUCUAUGCGUUUCGAAAGAGGGGGUGAGCUGUGGACUGAGGGCGCACUUACACUAUCCAAACCAUACUGCGCCCGGGUGCGUUUGACCCCCAAAGCCUGGUUCGUUUGACUAGUCACUAGUGUGAUCGCUGUGUACCUUGCCCGGGCAUGUUUUGGUUAAUCAUGCCUUGGCCGGCUUGCCAAGGUGAGCUUGAAGCUGGUUCACUUGGGUUCAGGCACUCACCUUCAUCUGCCUUCGUAAAACCUUUUGAUGCAUGCAGCAGGGUUACAUGAAUGUUUGAGCUGCACACGUGACAGAUCAACUAAGCAAUUGAGAGGGCUGUGUGUCAUCGUGCAUCAAAUGACUCAAAAUAAAAAACAUAAACUUAACUUUACGAUAGGCUCCAGUGUUAAGAGAGCGCUUUACUUCCCGUUUUCUUCUAAACAAUCGCAUCCUAAUGACGAAAGCGUGCCCAGGCUCGGAUAGCUCAAAGUACAGUGUGAGUGCGUGCUUCUGGGGGAGUUGGGAGGGGGGACAAUUGCGCUGGGGCACAGUUUGGUUGGUUUAAGGGCUCAUUAUAGGUGUGCGUAGGUCCUACGGCGUAGUCGCGACGGCGUAGGUUCCGCGGCGGUUUUCAUUUAUACUUUUGCGUCAUCGUCGACGUGCAAACACAUGCGCAGACCGCUGGUAGGCAGUAUCCACGAGUGUAACCACAGUAGCAGUGCGACCACAAAGAAGAAGAAGUUUGACAAGUUAACUAACAAACGAAGAAGAAACGGCAACUUGUUGUGUAUGAUUUGAGAAGACGAGCAAUGAUGGAAGUAAAUAAACAGCGACUUUUGUUGCAGUUUAAGUUAAAUCUCUCCUUAACUUGGCCCAUCUUUGUUUUCACCGUCGCAAAUGGAAAUACCUAUGACGCAGGUUUUGUUACCUGACGGGAGGGGUUCUGGUGGACCAAACACAGCGCUUGCGGUCCGCGUAGAACUGAUGCGUUGUUAAAAAAUUUGCGAGGUGCACAUCAGGCUAGCAGAGCUACGCACAGGCUACGGAUAACCUACGGCGUAAAGCUUACGCACAACUAUAAAUCAGGCUUUAGCCCUAAUGUGAGUGCGCCCUGAGCCAUUGGUUGCAAUUCGCAACCUCACCACUAGAUGCCGCUAAAAUCUACACAGUGCACCUAAUUUACGUUUUACAUCUGUUUAGACACUCUAAAAUGCACAUUUUCUCAAAUGCUGUAUGCCUAUACCCCACAAUUUGCAUGAGGUUGUAUAUGCUUUCUGGUUGUGCAAUAUCUGUUUUGUUUAUUAUGUAUUAUAAUUUAUAUCUGUAAAACUAAAGGGUUUUGAGCAUUCAAGGUGCAUUACAGCAAUUAACGAACAAAACACUGAAAUGUAAUCAUUUGGUACAGACUACCAACAAGACAACUCUCUUUUUUUUAAACAAUAUUUUAGGUAGCACCUGCUAUGAUAUGCCAUAUGUGGCCGUUGAUAAAAGGAAGAUAAAUAUUUUUCUAAGUGUCCUUCCUUUAAGCAAAGCUUACACAGGUAGAUAAUGAAAAUCCCCUUCCUUGUCCCAGGUUAUUAUAAAUAUAGUAUAAUUUAUAUGAUUUUAUAAUACAUGUGUAUGUAUACAUCUAUUUAUUGUAUGUGUAUGUGUUUAUUUGUUUUGUUAAUCUAUGUAUUCAUAAUUUAAUCUAUAUACUCAUUACAUUAUUUUAAAUCCUGUUCCAUCCUUGCAAUAUGCAUUUCAUUAUCAUAUCUUUAUUUUCAUUCAGACCCCAAUUUCUAAUAUUGUUCCCUGCACUGGUAAAAUUGCACGCAAAAUGCAAAUGAGAAUGGGAUGUGUAACAAAUCAAAGACAUUUUUGUUGGUAUUGCAGACCACAUGAUGCAUUACACUGUAAUAUUUCUUUGUCAGCUCUGUGUGCGUGUGCGCAUGUAAUGGGCAUUUAUGUUGUAGCAUUUUAUGAUAUUCUUUGUUUGCCGUAGCCAAAGUGAGGUAUCAUAUGAUUGUUAUACAGUAGCAUUUUUAUCGCACUAACAGCCUGGAUUCAUAAAGAGGUGGUUGAGUAUUGUUGACCAGUGACAUCACAAAGGAUUAUGUAGCUCACUGUUUUUGCAUCUCAAGAAUUGAACAAAAAAAAUAUGUAUUAUGGUAAAUGUAUGGCAAGAACUGUGUGCCGUAUCCAUAAUGGACAUAGAUCCGAUCUAUACAAAAAUAAUUGUUCUUCCAUCACAGCCAGCUUACUAUAUACCCCUCAAGAUUAUUCAUGCUGUAUCUUUCCCUAAGUGGAACGAGUAUUUCUGUUUCUUUUCAUUUUGUUUUGUUACUGGGUGACCAAGCCUGCCAUGUUUGAUCAUUGUUUCACUGUAUCAUGAUUAUAAUAAUGAUAUAAUUAUGGUAACUAUGUAAUAUGACUAACAUGCUUCAAAAUUAAAAUAUAAUGACAAAAUAUAACGUUCCUCACGAAUACUGAAUAAUCACAUAUGUAUGAACAUUUGCGAGUAUAUGAUAUUAUGUUAAUCAAUGAAUAAUUGUACAAAAUUGUAUUAAAAUUUUAUUGUUUGCUUUUGCUAUUAUGUCCAUUCAUUCUUUAUCUCCUAAUCUGGCAAAUUGUAUUAUUUUAUAUUAACGUUAGUAUUUUUAGCAUUCAUACAUCAUCCCUCCCGACCACAUGGCUUCUGUACAGGCAAAGAGAAAAAAAUGGCAAGGUCGUGUCCUUGAAAAACCAAUGCACUGUUCUCUCGGUUAUUGAGCCUAGUCUCCAGUGCUUGUCACCUGAUGUUCCUCCUGUGGGAGACCGAGAUUGCAUCGCCCACUUCCACAGACAGUAGUAGUGUGGAUCAAUCACCUACUGUCAUGCUCUCCAUCCCCCACUACUAAGCUUAUUAACUGACACACAGGACUGUUUAACCUCAGAAGCAUCCAGUCAGUGUCAUUUACAUAACAUUAAACAUAAGGUGUAGCCUCCAUUUGACAGACGCUUUUAUCCUUACAGUGCAUGGCAAGGUAGGCCUAUACAUUUUUAUCAGUUUGUGUUCAUUGGGGUUCGAACCCAGACU